UUCUAAAGAAGUCAUGGGUAGCUGUUGUAGCUGUCCAGAUAAAGAAACUGUCCCAGAUAACCAUCGAAACAAGUUUAAGGUUAUUAAUGUGGAUGAUGAUGGUAAUGAACUGGGUUCUGGCAUAAUGGAACUUACAGAUACAGAACUAAUUUUGUACACCCGUAAAAGGGACUCUGUAAAAUGGCACUACCUCUGUCUCCGUCGCUAUGGCUAUGACUCAAAUCUUUUCUCUUUUGAAAGUGGCCGAAGGUGUCAAACUGGACAAGGAAUCUUUGCCUUUAAAUGUGCCCGUGCAGAAGAGCUAUUUAAUAUGUUGCAAGAGAUAAUGCAGAAUAAUAGCAUAAAUGUGGUAGAAGAACCAGUAGUAGAAAGGAAUAAUCAUCAAACUGAGUUGGAAGCUCCAAGAACCCCUCGAACACCUACCACUCCUGGGUUCAAUGCACAAAGUUUACCUAACGGCUAUCCCAGAUAUCCAUCUUUUGGAGAUGCUUCAUCACAUCCUUCCAGCAGACAUCCUUCUGUCGGAAGUGCACGGCUCCCCUCUGUUGGUGAAGAAUCAACACAUCCUUUACUGGUAGCAGAGGAGCAAGUGCACACUUAUGUCAACACUACUGGGGUACAAGAGGAAAGAAAAAAUCGAUCAAGUGUGCAUGCACCACUGGAAUCAAAGCUUUCAAACACUGAAACAACUAAAGUGAAAGAAGAUCAGAUGUGUACUGAUGACAGAGAUGCUCAGGUUCUCCUGGAGCCUGAAGGAGUCAAGUUUGUUUUAGGACCAACACCUGUUCAAAGGCAGUUAAUGGAAAGAGAGAAACUGGAGCAACUUGGGAGAGACCAAGUUAGUGGCAGCGGCACAAACAACACUGAAUGGGACACUGGGUACGACAGUGAUGAACGUAGAGAAACACCAUCUGGUAAUAAAUUGGUGUAUGAAAAUAUAAAUAGGUUAUCAAUCCCUAGUGCCUCAGGGGUCAGGAGAGGUCGUUUGACAUCAACCAGUACCUCAGACACCCAGAAUAUUAACAACUCUGCUCAGAGGAGAACUGCGCUGUUGAACUAUGAGAACUUGCCAUCCUUGCCUCCUGUUUGGGAAGCCCGCAAGCUGAGUAGAGAUGAAGAUGACAGUUUAGGACCAAAGACCCCAUCUCUGAAUGGCUACCACAAUAACCUAGAUCCAAUGCAUAAUUAUGUCAAUACAGAGAAUGUAACAGUACCAGCAAGUGCUCAUAAAGUAGAAUUUACACGACGUCGGGACUGUACCCCAACAGUCUUUAACUUUGACAUUAGGCGUCCAAGUUUAGAACACAGGCAGCUCAACUAUAUACAGGUUGACUUGGAAGGUGGUAGUGACUCCGACAACCCUCAGACUCCAAAAACUCCCACCACUCCACUUCCGCAAACUCCAACCAGGCGCACAGAGCUGUAUGCUGUGAUAGACAUUGAAAGAACUGCUGCUAUGUCAAGCUUGCAAAAAGCACUGCCCCGAGAUGAUGGUACUUCUAGGAAAACUAGACAUAACAGUACUGACCUGCCUAUGUGAGCCUGGGAAGCAUUAAAUCAUUUGCACCUUUUGUGAAGUUUAUAAAAUUGAAGAUGCAAAUACUUUGCAUUUCUUAACAC